ACCCUAAAAACAGGGCCAUGGCGGACGAGCGCUCUAGGCGCGGUAAGCUAUGCGGCAUUUCUGUUUCGCCAGGGUCUCACGGGAGAAUCGCUAGCUCCAGAUGCAAGGAUCAUCAGGGAGUCCAGGUACACGGCCGUUCUGCUGGAAACCUCUCCGUCCGUGCACGACAUUCCAGGCCUGACGACUGCAUCGGGACGCGCGCUGUCGCAGCCGUCUGUGGAAAAUCUGGAGCGAGCGCUGGAGCUCAUGGACGCAAGGGUCCAGCUUCACGACAACGAGCUCGAGGACUACCUUCUCUUGCGCUCCCCAGCGAGAAUCGUAAGCUUAAUAACUACGCUUGAAUGAUCGCAAGUGCUGUGAUCAAACACCAGGUUGUCUCUGAGCAGCCCGAGCAGCCGAUCGACGUAGAUAACCCAGAAGAUUUCCAGCUAGAAGAAUAACUUCGGUAGGUUCCAUUCCAGAUGUGUGAUCGUUCCUCGAUGAAAUCGAACUUCCAGGAACUCGAGCACAUAAAACUCUGGGGUGGUAAGACGAGAGAUAUCUGCGUGAAGAAGACAAACAAGUAACAGUUCUGUAGAACCUUUGCGGAGUGUAGAGCUCGCAGAGUAGAACUUACUGGAUCUGGAAACGGUUUUGGAGAUUGUUUCCUCUUGCACACCACAAGUUUACAACGUCAUUUAGGACAAUCAUUGUUCUUGCAUGUAUAAUAUAAAUAAUCACACAUAUUUGGAUU